AUGUGCCAUUUGUCAGAUUAUCGCGUUGUUCUUGUCGAAACAGUGGGAUAUGAGAAGCAACUGACUAAAGAAUCAAUUACAGAUCAUAACAAGUCCACUGAAUCGAACAUUGAUGCAUGGAUUACCAAGAAACAUUUGAAACCUCGUUUUGUGGAAAACAAAGAAUUAUCCUUAAAUUUUUGGUGUUUAAAUCCAUCUGUAGUGUUUUCACAGUUAGCAUCAAUGGCGCAUUGUGUAAUCCUAAUGAGCGGUACUCUAUCACCAUUGGAUUCACUUGAAGCUGAACUAAAUGUACAAUUUCCAUUACGUUUAGAAGCAAAUCACGUCAUUUCAAAUAGUCGUCUGUUAGUAACAACAUUAUCACACGGUCCAAACGGUACACGACUUUGUGCUACCUAUCAGCACCAGAAUACCUAUACAUUUCAAGAUGAGAUUGGUGCGGUUGUUGUCAAUGCGUGUCGUUUAGUACCUGGUGGUGUAUUGUGUUUUCUACCAUCCUAUAGUCUAUUGGAUAAGCUAAUACAAAGAUGGGAGGUGAAAAGUUAA